GUCACGCGCUCGGAGGGCCCAUCCACCGUCUGCAGCCAGCAUUUUCUGCGGCUGACAUCGGUCCUCACACACAGGCGACACGAGGGCUCGCAAGCAUGGCCGCAUUCACCAGCAGAACGGUCGUCAAGGUCAGUCAGCUCAGGCAGGCAGCGAUGUUCACUCACCCGUUGAUUGUGCAGACCGUUCUGAGCCGGGAGCAGAGUGAGGGCAUGGGCGCGCGCGUCAGAAGGAGCAUUGGGAGGUGAACGGAUUGACAGACACACCGAACGCAUCAUCUGCCACACGUGCUUUUGUGUUGUUCUGUGUUCUGUGCAUAUGCCAGGCCCGAGCUGCCUCGUUUCGACCCAUUUCUGUUGCUGGAUGAGUUCAAUGUCGGCGCUCCUGCCGGCUUCCCCGACCACCCACACCGGCAAGUCGAAAAGAGGAGGCAGACAAACGACACAUGACACAACCACACACGCACAUGUGUUCCGCUCGGGCGUGCAGUGGGUUCGAGACGGUGACGUACAUCUAUCCCCACAGUGAGGGGACCUUCCAACACGAAGAUUUCUGUGGACAUAAGGGCACCAUUGGUAGCUGAGGGCAGGCAGGCAGGCAGCCGAAUGAGCGCCCGAUGCAUGUGUGUGGUGUGUGUGUGUAGGUGCGGGUGACGUGCAGUGGAUGACUGCCGGCCGUGGCAUCGUCCACGCCGAGAUGCCGCAUGACGAGCGCAAGUCGCAGGGGCUGCAGCUGUGGGUCAACCUGGCGGCAAAGGACAAAAUGUGUGAACCUGCAUACCAAGAACUGACACACAAGUAAGCCAGCCAGCCAGACAGACAAGUGGCAGCUCCAGACAGACAUACACACGAUACAUGGCGUCCUGAUCUCCCAGGGAGCUCGCGGUGGCCGAGAAAGAAGGCGUCAAGGCAAGUGCCACUCAUGACCUUCUACCAGAUGAAGCCAGCAUGUCUGUCCCUGCAGGCCAUCGUCAUUGCCGGUGAGGCGCUGGGCGCCAAGAGCCCCAUCUUCACACGAGUGCCGACCACCUACAUCCACCUGAUCAUGCAGCCCGGCGCCCGGCUCCAGCAGCCGCUAGACCCUUCCCACAACGCCUUCGUGUACACCAUUCAAGGCAUCCUCACCAUCGGCGGCUCAGAUGUCGGCCCUCACCACACGGUCGUCCUGUCUGCCGGCGACAACACCGACGGUGUGGAGAUCGUGGCCGGGGAAGCCGGGGGCCAGCUGGUGCUGCUGUCCGGGCAGCCGAUAGGCGAGCCGGUGGUGCAGCACGGGCCUUUCGUGAUGAAUACGGAUGAGGACGUCCAGCGGACAUUUAUGGACUACCAGCUGGCGCGGAAUGGGUUUGAGCGGGCCAAGGGGUGGCAGUCGGUCAUCGGGCUGCACUCGUGACUCAGUGAGUGAGUGGGUGGGUGGGGAUGGUUACGUGCAGACGUGAGUCAAGUGAGUUUGUGAAGUGGUCUUGUGGUUUUGCUCGUCGUCGAGAGGGCGAG